AAAGACCAUAUUCGGAUGUUUUUUUUCCUGAUGUGAAUGAGUGAGAAAAGAUGAACAAGGCUAGGUGGAAUGAGAUUCAAAAAGUCAGCGCGUCUAGGACAAAUGGCUAUCCUGAAACGCAGCAGUCUGUACGUGAAGCAUCGAUAAGACUAUUUUUUGGUUUUUUUUCAGCCCUUUUCUGUGGACUAAAAAAAAUGCUCGAAUGAGAAAGAUGUGUGCUUAUUGGGACGCGCUGAUUGGUUGGCAAGGGAAACCCUGGGCAAUAGUUCAAGGUGGCUUGAUCAGACAGAUCAAAUCUAUUUCAUGCGCUUAAUUGAAAAGGGACCCACGCUUUUUUUAGUGUCCAUCUCUCUUCUCUUUCAACUCAUCAACCUUCCUUUCCCCCACUUACUCUUUGACCCUUUCUCUGCAAGCAACCAUGUCCACCCCUAUCGAGGUCGUUAACAUGUCCCCCGAGGACUACCGCAAGCGCAAGGUCGCUCUCAUCACUGGUAUUACCGGUCAGGAUGGUUCUUACCUUGCUGAGCUUUUGAUCGAGAAGGGUUACCAGGUCCACGGUAUCAUCCGUCGUUCCUCCUCCUUUAACACUGGCAGAAUUGAGCACCUUUACAAGGAUGCCCACGAGAACCCCAAGAUGCGUCUUCACCACGGUGACUUGACUGACUCGACCUGCUUGGUCCACAUCAUCUCCAAGGUUCUCCCCACUGAGAUCUACAACUUGGGAGCUCAGUCUCACGUCAAGGUCUCCUUCGACAUGUCCGAGUACACUGCCGAUGUCGACGCCGUAGGAACUCUUCGUCUCCUCGACGCCAUCCGCACCUGCGGCCUUGCCCAUCUCAUCCGCUUCUACCAGGCUUCUACCUCUGAGUUGUACGGUCAAGUUCAGGAGAUUCCCCAGAGCGAAACCACUCCUUUCUAUCCUCGCUCACCCUAUGGUGUUGCCAAGUUGUACGCCUACUGGAUCACUGUCAACUACCGCGAGGCCUACAACAUGUAUGCUUGCAACGGUAUCCUCUUCAACCACGAGUCACCCCGCCGUGGCCGUACCUUCGUCACCCGCAAGAUCACCUGCGCUGUCGCUUCAAUCAAGUUGGGCAAGCAAGAGUGCCUUUACCUCGGAAACUUGGAUGCCAAGCGUGAUUGGGGUCAUGCCCGCGAUUAUGUUGAGGGUAUGUGGAGAAUGCUCCAGCAGGAGAGUCCUGAGGACUUUGUCCUGGCCACAGGAGAGAUGCACACUGUCCGCGAGUUUGUUGAGAAGUCCUUCAAGGCCAUUGGCAAGUCUAUCCGCUGGGAGGGUGCUGCUGAAGAGGAGGUCGGUAUUGAUGAAGAGGGCAAGAUCCGGGUCCGUGUCGACCCUGCUUACUACCGUCCCACAGAGGUCGAGUUGCUUCUCGGUAACCCUGCCAAGGCUAACGAGAAGCUCGGCUGGAAGCGCCAAGUUGAAUUCGAUGCCCUGGUUGAGGAGAUGGUCAAGGCUGAUUUGGUCGGUAUUGCUGCCGGCGAUGUCUUCAACUAAAACAGUAGAUGUGAGAUUAGAUAGAAAGAGAAUCAAGCCUGUACUAAUAUUAUAACAAAGUCAAUUUAUUUACUCAAAAUAAGAGCAACAUGUGUAUAAAA